AUGGCGGCAUGGAGCCCAGCCUCGGCAGCACCUCUGCUCUGUGGAACCUGCCGGCUUCCUCUUCUCCACUGUGCCCAGUGCAUGUUUGCCUCGCAGACUGAGGGGGAGCUCAAAGUGACCCAAAUUCUCAAAGAAAAGUUUCCUCGAGCUACAGCUAUCAAAGUCACUGACAUUUCAGGAGGCUGUGGGGCAAUGUAUGAAAUUCAAAUCAAAUCGGAAGAAUUUAAGGAGAAGAGAACUGUCCAGCAGCACCAGAUGGUACCUCAGGCACUAAAAGAAGAAAUCAAAUGUAUGCAUGGAUUGUGGAUAUUUACCUCUGUCCCCAAACACUGACCACGCCCUGGCUGCGUAGAUGUUGCUGCUGAAACCUUGGAUGAAUCUUAU